AUGAAGCGGCAUUCUGCACAUCGAGACUCCACUGCAAACCAGGUGCAGAGUAUGUUGGAGCAAGCGAUGGAUGAGCUGCAGUUUCUCAAGAGGCAAGAAGAGCGCGCACUGGAAAGCCAAGUGAGACUGAUUCAAGAGAGCUACACCUUGCGUCUAGAAGUCUUCCAGCAGCAAUAUCUCAGCAAAGUUGCUGAAAUCGAAGGCGAGAUGUACGCCACGAUUCAAAAUCGCCAGGAAGAAUGCGACGCAGCGAUCCUCGCUGCAGCCAAGAAGCUGCAGGACCAAACUCAACAUGCACUUCAAAGCGAUUUCGCCACGAUAAAUAGCGAGUCGACAGAAAAGCAGAUCGACGCCAGCUCCAUUUCGACGGACAGCAGCUCAGCGACGUCUCCAGUUUCACAGCAACGAGCCAAAUUGCAAGCACUAGAAGAGAAGCUAGCAGCAUUCUCACCCGAGUCUCUGGAUCGCGUCAAGAACGAGCUCACCGCACCAGCUUCACCGCUCUCACCACUUCGAAAAGGACCUUCGUACUGGAAGAAUGGCAUCUCACUCGAAGCGAGGGAGAAUGAAGAAACGUAUACGAGCACCAGCGAUCUACUUAACGAAGCUUCAACUUCCCAGACUAGAAGUCAAGUGUCUGCGUCUCUCUUGAGUCGACGCUUUCUACGACCUGAAGAAGAAGAAGAGCUACGUCAUCUGCGUACAAGUAUUGGUCUGGCAAAAGACUGGAUGGCGCGACACAGUCAGGCAUAG